AUGGUUGGAAGACAAAAGCCAUACCUUGGGAGUCGUCUACGGGUCUAUUUGUUGGAGCCAUGGUGGAAUCCUGCAGUCGAGGAACAGGCUAUGGACCGGGUCCAUCGUAUUGGGCAGGAGGAGGAUGUGAAGAUUGUGAGGAUGAUUGCUCGAAACAGCAUUGAAGAGAGGAUACUGGAGCUACAAGAGAAAAAGAGGUUGCUUGCAAGGGAUGCUUUCAGUAGGAGGGGACCAAAAGAUCGGAGGGAGAUUGGUGUCGAUGAUCUUCGUACUUUGAUGUCUAUGUGAGUCAUUCUCACUCUUACCCAUUAUACUUGCAGCAUGGGCGUUGUGUUUGCUCUUACAUGUAUGUCUGCAUAGACUCGCUAUAAAUUUUGGGUUCAGAAAGCUUCUAAACUCUUUUGGUUAUGUACACAAGGCACAUCCAACCAUGCAUACAAGUAUGCAGAAGCUACAUGAAACUGUAUUUUCUGUUUCGAACUCUCUUUUGAUAUAAUGGUAAAGAAACUUAUGGCAGAUAAUGACUUUGAAACAAACGCUCCCCUAAGAAGGGGCUGGCGCCCAAAUUGUUAUUCGAGUUAUAGGUAUUGUUGUAGAACUAUAUUUUUAUCGUGUGCACUCUAUUAUUUUCUUG